AUGGAUUGUGCAAUUACAAAAGAUGUAGAGGAUAUGUUAAGAAAAUUUGAUUCAAAUGGUGAUGGUAAUAUUACAUUUGAUGAAGCUGUAAAACGUUUGAAGGAAACCGGUUCAAAAGAUCCAUUACGUGCUGCCUCUUCAAUGUUUAUUUCUCUUGAUAAGGAUAAGGAUGGAAUUAUUUCAAUAAAAGAGAUUCAUGGCCAUAAGGCUGAUGUUGCUGCAAAGAAAUUGCAAAAGGCAAUUAACAACAUCUGUAACAACUUCUUGAAAGGCUAUGACACUGAUAAGGAUGGAAGGAUCUCAUGGGAUGAAGUAUGCAAUUGGGUAAAUAAAAACAAUCCAGAUGCAAUUGCUCCACUUAUGAUUGUUGAAAAUUUCUUUAGUGAAUUGGAUAAAGAUAAUGACAGAUUCGUAACCAAGUGUGAACUUCAGGAGUACGUUACUAAAUACAAAAGUCUCCCAGAACAAUAA